UCAUGGCAAUGCUGAAAUUGCUCCAGGUGAGCAAAGUCAUGCAUUCUGCAAGCGCUUAUCUUUAACUUUAAACUUACACCUGCAAAAAACGGUAAAAUUUCACCUUAAAGUAAUUAGUCCGUGCCUUGCUUUCCUAAGGUCUGUGAUGUGUUCCAUUAAAUAGGUCAGAGGUACGGUUGAACAGCCAUUGCUCGAUGGAUCUGCUUCAUUCCACAGGGCAUCUAUAUCAUCACCAGUACUCCGAAAACCGCUCACAAACUUUGGUGGCACUGUCAAUGUGAAAUCAAAUAGACUAUGCAUCACUUCAUUGGAUAGUAGGGUGGGCAGAAGGGGAAAGAUUUUUCUGAAAGGGAAUCUGCCCCUCAGAACUAGUGAAGUUUCCCUUGGUGAUAAAAUUGACCUGAAAUGUGAAGUCCUGGAAGUACGGGCAAAGAAUAUACUUAGUGGUCAGCUUGACACUCAGAUGCAAAAAACUGGCUCUAUAUUGGAACCAAAUAUUUCUGGAAUUCUAAAAUUGAGCCGUGGAGAAGCAUAUUUGCCACAUGAUAAGGGUAGUGGAGCUGCUCAAUUUAAUAGAUUGGCAUCGAACCAGUCCCAGCUUCCUAGCAGUGGCGUUAAAUUCAAUCAUGCAGUUGCUUCAAGAUAUGUUUCACGGUUUUCCAGUUCAGAACCUGCUACUUCAUGGGCCAAAUUCACCCAAUCCCCAGUUAAAUCAGCUGGAACUGAAAAGGAAAUGGAGCAAGUGAACGCCAAACCAAAUUUAGAUAUCUGCCUCAGUGAUUUAAAGCUUGUUCUAGGACUAGAAUUGAGGAUAAUUUACCCUUUGAUUCUUAAUUUUGCUGUCAGUGGAGAGCUUGAGCUAAAUGGCCUGGCUCAUCCCAAAUUGAUAAAACCUAAAGGUAUUCUAACAUUUGAAAGUGGUGACGUGAAUCUUGUGGCAACUCAGGUAAGCCCCAUGUUAAUUUUGUAGUGUAGAUUUUCUUGU